AUGUCCGACGCCAACGCCGAGAGCUCGGCGAGGAAGCCGCACGGCUCCGACGAGAACACUCACCCUUCGCUCGGAGGCUUCCAGCCCCAGUCGAGGAUGGCUGUCCAGCCUCCCAAGAAGGAGGACCUCCAGCGCAGCUACGCCACCGUCGUUGGUGACGAGGAACCCCAGCCGAGGGGUUGGUACGGCAGCAUGAUCCACGCCCUCGGCGGCUUCAUCGGAACCCUCGGCGCCAUCCCCUGCUGCGUUUGCUGCCCCAACCCGUACAAGAACGUCAACCAGGGCAACGUCGGUCUCGUCACCAAGUUUGGCCGCUUCUACAAGGCCGUCGACCCCGGCCUCGUCAAGGUCAACCCCCUCAGCGAGAAGCUCCUCCAGAUCGACGUCAAGGUCCAGAUCGCCGAGGUGCCCGAGCAGUUCUGCAUGACCAAGGACAACGUCACCCUUCGCCUCACCUCGGUCAUCUACUACCACAUCGUCGCCCCCCACAAGGCCGCCUUUGGCAUCACCAACGUCCGCCAGGCUCUCAUGGAACGCACCCAGACCACCCUGCGUCACGUCGUCGGCGCCCGCGUUCUCCAGGACGUCAUCGAGCGUCGCGAGGAGAUUGCCCAAUCCAUCGGCGAGAUCAUCGAGGACGUCGCCGCCGGCUGGGGCGUCCAGGUCGAGAGCAUGCUCAUCAAGGACAUCGUCUUCAGCCAGGAGCUGCAGGAGUCGCUCUCCAUGGCCGCCCAGAGCAAGCGUAUCGGCGAGAGCAAGAUCAUCGCCGCCAAAGCCGAGGUCGAAUCCGCCAAGCUCAUGCGACAGGCGGCCGACAUCCUCAGCUCCGCCCCCGCCAUGCAGAUCCGCUACCUCGAGGCCAUGCAGGCCAUGGCCAAGUCGGCCAACAGCAAGGUCAUUUUCCUGCCCGGCUCCAACCAGGGUCUCAACAAUGCGCUCAACGCCGCUGUCGACCCUGGUCGCUCUGCCGACGGAAAGGGCGCCGGUGCCGCCGCCGAGGUUCCGCACUAUGACUUUGGCACGGCCCAGGAUACGAGCUUCCAGCAGGCCGUGAAUGCUCGCAUCAUUGAGAACAUCUGA